AUGAGUUGUCGAAGGAAGCCGCAACGCCACGCCUCGGAAUCCUCCACGUCGAUACAGCAAGUUCUAUAUGAAGAGAUUCAGAACAUUGCCGACUACGUAGCUGGAAGCGCAUCAGCAGAUGUUUUCAGUGUACCAAGUGGUCGUGGCAGCAAACCUUCCUGUGUCGCGGACACCUCCUACAGAUGGCUGCCUGCCGAUGGAUUCCUCGGUCUGGCCUUCAGCGACAUAGCCGCUAGCAAUGCCACAAGGAUCUUAGUGCCUCCGGAGCUGAUUGACGACUUCUACACAUCGAUCGGCAUGGACUACACGGCCAUCAUCAACGGAGAUCACCUGCCGCUCUGCUCCGAAUUCGACGACUCCUGGUCUGUCUCUUUUGACUUUGGCGGCUGGGACUCCUACGAUGGUCGCUACACCAUCACCGUGACGGGGGACGAACUUGCCAAUCCUGGCUCUGCCAACAGCCAGGAGAACUGCUUCCCGCCUUUCGAAUCCAGCGAGGCUUUCGGAUAUGGGCUGAGCGGGGCAGACUUAUCCAGCUGA